AUUCUACGUUCAACAAUAAUAACAUUAAGGCUGGCUUGAGUUCAACAUGGCACCCAAUAAGUAUUCUGUCCUUUUACCAACAUACAAUGAACGCGAAAAUUUACCUUUCAUCGUCUGGUUGCUGGUCAAAUACUUUACUGAAAGUGGUACUGAUUUUGAGGUGAUCAUAAUUGAUGAUGGAAGCCCAGAUAAAACAUUGGAGGUGGCAGAGGAGCUUCAGCGGAUUUAUGGCAAAGACAAGAUAGUUUUACGCCCCAGAGGAGGGAAGCUUGGACUUGGAACUGCAUACAUUCAUGGGAUCAAACAUGCAACAGGGAACUUUGUUAUUAUUAUGGAUGCUGACAUGUCACAUCAUCCAAAGUUCAUUCCCCAACUUAUCAAGAAGCAAGAAGAAGGAAAUUAUGACAUUGUGACAGGAACAAGGUACUCUGGAGAUGGUGGUGUAUAUGGCUGGGAUCUCAAACGCAAAUGCAUCAGCCGAGGAGCCAAUUUCUUAACACAAGUACUGCUGCAGCCUGGAGUCUCAGAUUUGACUGGUAGCUUUCGUCUCUACCGCAUUGAAGUUCUCCAACAUCUCAUCACUUCUUGCAUAUCCAAAGGAUAUGUAUUCCAGAUGGAAAUGAUUAUCAGAGCCCGCCAAUUUGGAUAUUCAAUAGGAGAGGUGCCUAUUUCCUUUGUUGAUCGUGUGUAUGGAGAAUCCAAGCUUGGAGGACAGGAAGUUGUGGACUUUCUCAAAGGUGUUCUUUAUCUGUUUGCCUCAACUUAACAGGGCUGCUUUUCUGUCAGCUUUGUUGGCAUCAUAUAAUUCCUUUGAACUAAGAGAUUGACAAAUAAACCAAAUAUGUGUCACCAUUUUGUUGUUGUUUUCAAGAUCAGAAUUGAUUUGAUGUUUAGCUCAAGUCCAAACUGUUAAGACCAAAUAUUCUACCUGAAGAGUAAGCAGUUUAGGUGUUUUUUUUAGACAGUUAUAAACUUGGUUGUCAAAUAAAAGAGUGGCUGUGCUUUGAA